AUGCAAUCCCUGUCAAGAUGGGUGUCUGGCAUGAAGGUUGUGCGCCCUGAACUAGUUCGUGCCAUCUUUGCCUACCAGGCCCUCUAUUCCCUGGGCGACGCGCUGCGCGGUGGCGAGAAUCCGCGCAGACUUCGAAGACUUCACAGAAAGAGUCACGCCACCAAAGCCAUCGACGAGUUCUGGUCACACUCCUGGCAGCUCAAGCCAUAUCGCAAAAUCCUCUGCUUGCUGUUCCUGAAAAACGGCCUGCCUGCCAGCAUCAUCGGUACACUGGCUGCUUUCCUGACUUUCGGUCUCACGCGCAGCGGUUAUCUCUUGGAAUAUCGCCCAGUGUGGGAGAUCCCCUAUUUCUGCAUGGCAGCCGGAACCUUUUCCUCGGUGCUGACGCUCUUUCUGUGGCCUUCUCGUGUCAAAGUUUUUCUGGACAUCUGCUGCAUCGAUCAGGUGGAUGACAAGAACAAGGCAGAAGGCAUUGUGAGUUUGGGCGGCAUCCUGAAGCAGUCUAAGACCUUGCUGGUCCUCUGGGAUCAUACCUACAUUGCGACUCGGAAGCCUAAGCAGUUUAGCCAGCUUCAGGUCUUGAGGCUGUGCAGGUUCCCGUUGAGUCUUCUAAGCUUCGUGGAUCGACAUAGUCAUAGAAGUUGA